AUGUCUGCCUCUCCGCUCUCACCUGAUGCCGACAUGGGCAGUCAUUGGGAGCUCUCGUCUGGCGCCUCGUCGCCCCGAUCCGGCACUUCGAGCAACACCAACAGCUUGUUCUCUUCGCCUGACUCUCCCACUGACACAGAGGUGUCGUUCCCGACCACUGAGAACGAAGACACAGAGAAGUCUUCCAGUCUUGCUCAAGCCCAUUUUGUCGUGACGCCAAGCUUCGCCAACUAUGUCUUGGUGGGCAACACUCCAUACGCCCCAGGACACAUUCAAGCCAUGGCUCAGACGGUGUCUGCGGCACGCAAGACAGGAGAAUUCCCAAAGAGCGAUUCUGCAGCUGAAGAACCCCGAACCAUUAUCGAGGACUACCAGCACCUCAAACGCCUUCGCGAUGCUCGUGGCGAUCCUGCUGCACCGCCCUCAGACCAGUACAACAUCCUCAAGGUCGACAUUGCUCGUCGCAUCAAGGCCCGCGAUGAGAUGCAAGGUGCCCCAGCCAACUUUCAAGAGGUGGAUCACCGACUUCAAAACUGGAUGAGCUCAAUCAACAAGGAAGCGCGCAUGUUGGAGAUUACACAGGCGGCACUUCAGCGCAAGGGCAUCAACAACCCCACCCAAGACGACUUGGACGCCAUCGCCGAGGAGUUUAUGCAGAUUGCGGAGCGCACUCUUCUUGACGUCGCCAAUCCUCUGCGCAUGAAUGCCACUCGCAUGGAGGGCAAUAUGAGUCGUUUCGAUAACCAACUUGAUGGCUUCGAUGGUGCGAUGACCGCACAACUCAACAACCUCGCCUCAAUCAUGUCGACUCUUCAGUCCACCAUGGGUACUUCCAUGGAGGCUGUGACUACUGCAAUGGAUACAUCGGCAGAGGCCAUGAGUUCUGCAAUGGGUACAUCGGCAGAGGCCAUGAGUACUGCAAUGGGCGCUCAAAUCAACACACUCAACACUGUUCUGGCGACACAGGGCAACACUUUCAAUGGCUCCCUCAGCAUGCUUAACACAGCUUUGGGAAUGGUUCAAACUGACCUGAACCGACUCACCACCAACUUACCCGCCAUCAUUGCAGCCGCAGUCCAAGCUGCAAUCAAGGAGCAGUUGUCUCCUCUUCCUCAGCAACACUUCCCCAGCAAGCAACGCCAAUCCAACUACGAUCAGCCCCCCGGCUACGCUACAGCUACACGUGUGCCACAAUACCAAGUGUCUGGCGGAGAACUCUAUGACGGUAGCGCACGACUGGCCGCUUCUGCAGUCCAAGUCUCAGGACAAAAGUACGAGAAGGGCUGCAUCAUGGGUUCGCAGUCCACGAAGUCUAGAUUCAGAAGAUUCUUGCGAACCAUCACUGGAAGAAAGCAAUCGAAUAAGGAGGCGGGUUCCAAGUAA